AUGAAGCUGUCAAAUUCCUCCAGUGUUCCUGUUUACACUAUAUCCGGUUCCUCAACAGCGCGACCACUCCCCGAAUGGCUUGCUAGAAAACGGAAGAGGAGUCUCAAAAACGACCCAGAAUACGCAAACAGGGUUGAGCUUCUCCAAGAUUUCGAGUUCGAGGAAGCCAGUCAAUGUAUUCGUGUUAGUGAAGAUGGCCAAUGGGUCAUGAGCACCGGUUGCCACUACACAACGCGGUUGCCCAGAUAUGGCCGUGACUUGAUAUACGACCGACAAUCAGCCGAAGCGCUUAUACCAUCUGUCGGUGUAAAUCAGGAUGGCAUGGGUGAAGUAUAUAGACUGAAUUUAGAACAGGGACGGUACAUGAAAGCGUAUGAAGUUGAGGUUGGUGGUGAUGAUUUUUCUUCCGCAGGUGGGGGGGCAUUGCAAGGUGGAAUUAACACUGGGAGCGUAAACACCGCUGCAAUUGCUGAGGAAAGCCAUAACCUUCUCGCAUUCGGAACAUCCAUUGGAACUGUGGAAUUAUGGGAUCCCAGAGCUAGAGCCAGGGCUGGCAUUUUGUUACCACCCUCGGACUCCCAGCUCGGAGAUACUAAAUCAGAGAUCACGGCCCUUGAAUUCCAUCGAUCCGGAUUGACGCUUGCUACUGGGUCCUCUCAAGGUCUUGUACACCUAUUCGAUCUCCGAUCCCCAACCCCUCUCUUAAAAAAAGACCAAGGAUACGGGUAUCCUAUUCACACCAUUAAUUUUCUCACUUCAUCGAUUGCAACCCGUGAACAAACCUUGGAACCUAAAAUACUAACUUCUGAUAAACGGAUUAUAAAAAUAUGGGACGCUCGGGAUGGAAAACCUUGGACUUCCGUGGAGCCUGCAGUUGAUAUAAAUAGUGUUGCUUGGUGUAAAGACAGUGGUAUGCUUUUGACUGCCAACGAAGGGCGACAGCAACAUGCAUUCUUUAUUCCUCAGCUUGGGCCAGCCCCAAAAUGGUGUGCCUUCUUGGAUAACAUUGUGGAAGAAAUGGCCGAAAAUCCCAAUGAUCCUCAAGCCUUCGCGGGCCAAGCUGGCUCCGUUUAUGACAACUUUAAGUUCUUGACAGUACCACAAUUACGAAGCCUCAAUCUAGAUCAUUUGAUUGGAAGAACUACGCUCCUACGACCCUACAUGCAUGGAUUCUUCGUCGCGCAAAGAUUAUACGAGGAGGCGCGAUUAAUUUCCCAUCCAUUUGUUUGGGAAGAAGAAAGAGCGAAACGGAUCAAGGAGAAAAUCGAUCAAGAGCGCGAAAGCCGGAUCCGAGGCAAAAGGAAGAUCUCUGUGAAUGUGAAUAAGAAACUUGCCGAGAAACUCCUUGAAAAGGAAAACAGGAAUGCGCGACGACAAGUUCAACGUGUUCUGGAACAUGGCGGUGAUGAGGAAAUGGGCGAUACCGCUGAAGCCGAGCCUUCUCAAUCUAGCCGCCCGGAUAAUCUGCUUAACGAUUCUCGAUUCGCUAAAUUGUUCGAAGAUGAAGAUUUCGCGGUAGAUGAGACAUCGAGGGAAUUCCGUGAAUUAAACUCAAGCACUGCGACAACAACUCCUGCCGUCAGACCAGAGAGGGGAUUAACUACUGUCGAAGAGGAGGUUAUCGAUGAGGUACCCGGAUCUAGCUCCGAGGAAGAAUCGAGUGCAGAUGAGAAGUUUUCCCACGCCAAGUCCUCUGGCCGAAUAUCUACAGCCUCUUACAAAAAAAGCAAACGUCCUCCCCCGCGAAUGCAAGUAUCAUCGUCAUCUAAGACUACUCAGGCGCGCGAUAAAUCCUUUGAGUCAAAGGUCCACAAGUUGCGAACGAAAGAUCGCACCCCCAAGACUACUGCAGUUGGAGAAAAAACAGUCACAUUUGCCCCACAGCCAAAGUCUCGCCCGAGGCCUGCAAUUGUCCCUGAGAACGGUAAUGCCUCGAAACACUCGAAGGAUCGCAGAAGUGCAUCAGGAAACACGUUCCGUCGAAUGUGA